GAUUUUUUAGGCAAUAGCUUCCAGUCAUGAAGACACGCUUCUCAACAAUUGAUGUCACAGCCGCUGUGAAUGACCUGAAGGCUUUGGAGGGAAACCGCAUCGUAAACGUCUACGAUAUUAAUCACAAAACAUAUAUUAUGAAGUUGUCCAGUGGCCCGGAAAAAUCUCUGAUUUUAUUCGAAUCUGGAAUACGCAUUCAUCGCUCAUACCAUGACUGUGAUAAAGCGCCAUUUCCUUCAAAUUUCAGCGUGAAACUUCGUAAACAUCUGAAUAAUCGCAGACUGACUAAAGUCAGGCAGAUUUCCAUGGAUCGUAUUGUAGACAUGCAAAUCGACGAAGGUGAACGAGCUGUGCAUGUUAUCGUCGAGUUGUACGACAAGGGUAACAUCGUCCUCACCGAUUCGAAUUACACCAUUCUGAAUGUGCUACGUCCUCGUACAGAUAAAGAUAAGGAUGUGAAGUUUGCCGUCAACCAAAUAUAUCCGAUCGCUCCAGAGAAAGAUCUUCCUGAGUUGCCUACAGCUGAGCAGUUAGCAGAGCUUCUGAACACUUGCGAUCAAAAGUCACCAUUGAAGCGUUCAAUUCUCGUCCCUGGACUGUUUACUGGUGCUCUCAUUGAACAUGCUUUGUUGGUGUGCGGUCAGGACCCAAACGCUCAGGUCUCUUCUAUAGAAGACAAGAACGAAUGCGCUUCUGUAGUUGUAAAGUCUUUGAAUCUGGCAAUGGAAAUUGCCUCAGAAAUAAAGAAUGGGCGAAGUGCAGGGUACGUACCUUAUGAAACCCAGAAGCGCAUGGACAAUACGGAGGUGGAAAUUCUGCUUGAAUACCAUCCAUAUCUUUUUCGCCAGCUCGAAAAGGGUACUUACCGCGCUUUUGGCACUUUCUGUGAGGCAGUCGACACUUAUUAUGCCACGCUAGAAUCACAGAAGCAGCAGCAAAAUGCUCUCAAGGUUGAGAAAGAAGCCAUCAAGAAACUUGAAAAUGUCAAGAAGGAUCAGGAACGUCGCAUCUUGGAGCUUGAGUAUAGCCGGGAAGAAAAGAUGGUUAUGGCUGACCUCAUCAUUCACAACAAGGCCAUCGUGGACGCUGCUAUACAAGUCAUUUGCAGUGCUCUGGCACGAAAGACUAGUUGGGAGGAUGUGGAAAGAAUGCACCAAGAUGCAGUUGAGAAAGGAGAUGCAGUAGCGAGUGCUAUUACCAAGCUUGAUUUGCAGAAUAAUAGAAUUAUAAUGCGUUUGAAAGAAGAAUACGAGGAUAUUCCACCGAAAGAUGUACCUAUCAGUAUUGAUACGAAUGCAUUUGGCAAUGCAUGUAAAUUCUAUCACGGCAUGAAAGCAGCUGCAGAAAAGGCCCUUAGAACUGAAGUAGCGGCGAAGAAGGCUAUUCGAAAUGCGGAGGACAAAGCAACCACUACCAUCAAGAAAGUUAACAUCAAUGUGAGCUCUGUGAAGACUCGGAAGGAAAUGUGGUUUGAGAAGUUUAUCUGGUUCAUAUCCUCGGAAAAGUACGUGGUCCUAACCGGACGUGAUGCUACGCAGAAUGAAUUGCUUGUCAAGAAGUAUCUUCGGCCGGAGGAUAUUUACGUCCACGCCGAUGCCCAUGGCGCAGCAUCAGUUGUGAUACGCAAUAAGCCAGGAGGAGGAGAAAUCCCACCGAAGACGUUAACAGAAGCAGCGCAGAUGGCAACAUGCAUCACCAAGGCCUGGGGAUCACAUAUUGCGUCGUCUGCUUGGUGGGUGUAUGCGUCACAGGUGUCAAAAGCUGCUCAGCCAGGAGAAUACGUCACUAAGGGUAGCUUCAUCAUCAGAGGAAAAAAGAAUUAUCUCCCGAGUUGUCCAUUAGUGCUUGGUUUCGGUAUUUUGUUCCGUGUGGACGAAAUUAGCGCAGAAAAACAUCGGAAGCAGUCACAGGAACAGGCGCAGAACUUAUCUGAGAUGGAACCUAAAGAGUACACUGCCCAGGCACCUACUGACAACGACGAAAGUACUUUGGAGGAAUACACAGCGAAUCCACCUACUAAUGACAAUGGCGAGGGUGAUUCAAAUGGAGAAGAGGAGUAUCCGGACAUCAGUCUUGAUGUGCCAACUGUUCGGCUACAAGUUGAGGAGGAGAAUCCUGAUGAGUAUUCCGUCAUCGAGUUUGCCAACAAAACGCGAGCGAAGAAAGCGAAUGUGCCUAAGAAAGAGCUUGAAACUAAGGAGUAUCUUGAAAAGAAGGCUGAAGAAGAGCGCAAGGCGGCUGCUGCAAAGAAGGUGGGAAAGCGCCAGAAGCAUAAGUUGGAAAAAAUUCGUAAGAAAUAUAAGGAUCAGGACGAGGAGGAGCGUGAAAUGCGUUUGACCUUGUUGGGUUGUAGAGGCAAACAGAAAAGUGACGACGGGAAGGGAAUGAAUGGUAAGGAAGUAGGGAGCGAUAAACAUCCUUCAACGAAUAAUAAGGGUGAAGCUAAAGGAGCGCGCCAGCAACUGCAGAAACCUGAGCUUGAGGAUAUGCGAUCUACGGAUAAAGAAAAUGCGCCUGAUUUGGAAGUCUGUGAAAAGAAUCGUAAUGGCAGUGACAAGAAUGGUGAUGAAGCUCACGAAACCACCAAGAUCGAGGAUGGUGUCAUCAAUGGUGAGAGUGCACAGGAAAAAGAUGAGGUCCAAGAUGUGCCAAAUGCCGCAGGCUCUGCCGCGGAGCAGCAGCCUUCGAGUCGGCCAAAAAUUGAAGUCGCCGUUGAUGAUACCGAGGACGGUAAAGGAGCUGAAAAUGACGAUGAGGAGGAGGAUCUCAAAACUACCAGCGAGGGUACCGAAGCGCUGGUGUCACAACUAAUUUCAAAUCCUGAGCCUGACGAUGUGUUGCUCUAUGCCGUGACUAUGGUUGGACCUUACCAGGUAUUCCAAAAUUUCAAGUACAAAGUGAAGCUUACGCCUGGCUCCAGCAAGAAGGGAAAAGCCGGAAAAUUGGCGAUCGAUUUGUUCUUGCGUAUGAAAAACAAUGAGCCAUUGGAGCGUGAGCUGAUCCGAGCGCUUACCUCCAGCGAUAAAUCAUGGAUGAACAUUCCAACUGGCUGUCGCGUAUCUGCCCCAAUGUUGCAUGCCAAGAAGUAGUCGUGCAGGUUGAAUUCUAGUCUCCAAAGUUGUUUUUAUUCCAUGUCUAUUCGGGUAUCACCGGUGGUACUUAUCGCGGUGCAACCUUGUGGGUCUUUCUAUCGUCUCAAAUAUAGUGUACAUGCGGGCCCUGCCAUUCUCUGUGUUGCCUUUGUCUAAUAAAAUGUGAUGCAAAUAUU